UUCAAAUUGAUUUAGUACAAUUAUUUUACUGGUGUAAGAAAAUAGUUAAAUAACUUUUUCAAAAAUUAAAAUGGCAAUAAUACUAAAUAUUCAAGUCUACGUUUGUAUAUAUUUCGUUUUUUUGCAUACUGAAGGUCAUCAUAACAAAAAAGAAUACGCUGAAAGAAUAAAUUAUUUUCUACAUCAUUCCGGUUGGAAAAAUAUAAAUGAUGUGAAAUCAAUCAUGUAUUGGAGUGAAAAAUUAAAAUUCGAAAAUGUAAUUAAUAACCCUGUAACUACACUAAAUUGCGAUAUUAGCAUACGUCACGCAACAAUAUUCCUUGGAUGUUCUUAUGCUAAUGAUUUAAAUAAUAUGUUUAAUGCAUUAACCGUUUUUCAAGCACAUUGCAAUAGUAUGCUAUUUAAUAUUAAUGAAACUAUUGAAACUGUGCAAAGUUGUGUUUAUCUAGUUUUAAAAAAAAUAAAUGAAAUUGUUCCGUUGGCAACACUCAUGAAACAAGCUUUAAAUGCUAUUGAAAUAUUUCAUACGUUGCCCUGGAAUUACCAUAGAAAAAGUCGUGUUAUUUUAAGAGAAACUAUAAGAAAUUUACAGAAUAAAAAUACUUUAAAGAAAUUAGAUCCUUUGUUAAUCAGUCCAGAUACGAUUUAUUUUGCCUUGUCGUUUAUUGAGAAAUUUUUACUCGAGAGAAAUAAAGAACUUAAAAAGGAUAUGGAGUUUUGUGAACUAAUAUUUUUAGAUGUCAAUGUAAUAUGGAAAUCAUGGAUUAUUGAAUUUGACUCUACUGCGAGAUCUAAUGAAAAAAGUCGAGAGCUUAUAAUUUUUCUUAGUAAUAAAAUAAGCAAUUUAGUUCAAACGACAUACCAGAAAAAGUACAUUGAACUUGGAUUUAAAUUUGAUUUGAAUACAAAACAGACAUUUUUACCUAGUCCACCUACCAAUGACAAUCAAGAUACCACCCAAAAUCUAAUAAAUUUGACAGAUCAUACUAAUGAAGUAAACAUGCUACAAAUGAUUCAACAACAUGACAUCGUACGAAAUCUCUCUAUUAAUUCGAUUCAGCCUACCAAUGAAUUAGAUAAACAGGAUGGAAUUAAAAAAAGAGAUAUUACACAAUACAAAAAUUCUAUAAAUUUAAUACAACAUAGCAAUGAUGUAGAUAUACAAGAAGGAAAUAUACAAGAAGAUAUCACACAAUAUCCUUCUAUUAAUUUGAUGCAACCUACCAAUGAAGUAAAUAAACAAAAAAUGAUAAAAGAAGAAAACUACUCACAAAAUCUUUCUUUAAAUUUGACACUACAUACCAAUGAAGUUAAUAUGCUAGAAGAGAUUCAACAAUAUGAUAACACACAACAUUUUUCUAUUAAUUUGAUGCAACCUACCAAUGAAGUAGAUAAACAGGAAGCGUUUACUCAUGAAGAUGAUAUGUGUGAAAAAACAGAUGAUUCAAACUUACAAAUUGAAUAUAUUGAUGAUAAGAUACCAUUUUAUAAGUUCAUUUAAGUUAAUUUUAAUGUGAUAAA